CACCGUUAUUGCCACCCGCGGCCAACAAUUUUUCACUCGACAAGAUGACUCGUAUCCCUGUCAUUCUCGGGGCUGGCCAGUUCGGGGAUCCUGGUACUGGCGAAAAAGUCUCUGAUUCGGCCGUUGCACAGGAGUUCGUUGACUUCAUGGUCAGUAAAGGGCAGAUCAGUAUUGAUACCGCUCGUGCAUAUUGCCAAGGCACCUCUGAGAAACUUGUCGGCACUCUCGACUUAAGGGAUGUCGUACACGUUGACACGAAGAUCUUCCCAGUCGCUCCGGGUGAUCAUUCAUCAGAGAAGCUGAAGGAGAUAUUCAAUACCUCCCUGAACUCCUUGAACGGAAGGAAGAUUCGCGUCUUUUACCUUCAUGCUCCCGACCAUAGUGUGCCCUUUGAGGACACUCUGGAAGCCGUUGAAGAGAUCAGGAAAUCGGGCGGGUUCCAAGAGUUCGGCCUAAGCAACUUUGCGUCCUGGGAAGUAGCCGAGAUAGUAGGGAUCUGCAGGCGGCGCGGCUUCAUGGCACCUACAGUUUACGAGGGCGCCUACAACAUUAUCGACCGCCGUGUCGAGGACGAGCUGUUCCCAUGUCUCCGCAAAUUCAACAUCAAAUUCGCCGCCUACUGCCCUCUCGCUGGUGGCUACCUCACCAAUCGCUUCUUCAUCCCCGAUCCCACUAAAGAGGUCACGCUUUCCAAGUUCAGCCUGAACGAUCCGUUUUCGUCUUUCUACACUGGCCGAUACCUCCGCUCAGCGAAUGCCGUUGCGGAGCUACUUGAGACUGUCAAAGUGCAUGGGCUGACACUCGCGGAAGUCGCCUUACGUUGGUUACAGUGGCACAGCAAGAUGCAGCCCGGGGAUCACGGCAUCAUUGUAGCAGUCAGCAACAAGAUGCAGCUGGAAACGAAUUUGGCAGACUUCGAGAAAGGUCCCUUGCCCGAUGCCGUUGCCCAAGCUUGCGAAGAUGCUUGGAAGAAAGUGGAGGGUACGGCUCCGAGAUACUGGUUAUGAAAUUGCGUGUUGCGAUGACUCCGGUGAUGUAAAUGCCAUGCGAGCUUGUAGAGUACAUAAAUCAGCUGAUCUGAUGUACUUGGCCUUCUGCUUGUGAAAUCAUCUCAAUUACAUCGCGUCCUUACUCCCCACGGUAGCCAUACCGGCAUCACAGAUUCG